AUGACUGCCAUACGACUACGUGAAUUUGUUGACCGUCGCCCAGGGAUUCCACCCAGUCAAUUCAUUGUUCACAGAGGAAAGGAUCUCCAAGGCUAUUACCCUGGGCAACUGGCAAGAAUUCAUUAUGAUUAUAGUGUGAAGAAAACACCCAGACCACUCAUAGACUUGGCAAUUCCACCCCCGAGAAAAACUCCGUAUCAGCCUCAAUUAGACCAACAAACGCUCAUUCGAUCUAGUUGCUAUCUAAGACAUUCGAAGCCUGUGGACUCCUGGUAUGAAGAAACCACUUACCAAAGACACUAUUCUCUGCCAUUUUACCAAAGUGGUUGGGACCAGAAAUUGGCCACCAUUUCACUGAAUCCUAGACCACUGAAUUCAGUGCCAGAGUUCUGCUGUGAAGAGAGCAGUGGCUUCGAAAGACGCUUUUAA